UAGCUGUCAAAAUUUUUCGUAGUGUUGCUUGAGCAUUGGAAAAAUUAUUUAUUUCAUCGAGUCGUUAAAGAAAUCAUAGAUAUCUAAAAAAUGUCUGCUAUCCUAUCCCAAAUUCUUCGCCGCAAGAUUGCAACCUCUGCUCCCAGGAUGGCCACCGCAGCCACUGCUGGUGAACACUCAGGUGGUUACAAGAUGUGGAAGCGUUUGACUUUCUUCGUUGCCUUCCCAUCUGUUGGUUUGUGCAUGUUGAACGCUUAUUUGGCUCACCAGGAACAUGCCCACCAUGCCCGUCCUGAAUUCGUUAAAUACGAAUAUUUGGCCAAGCGCGACAAACGUUUCCCCUGGGGUGAAGGUAACAAAUCUUUGUUCCACAACCCCCAUACCAAUGCUUUGCCUGACGGUUAUGAGGCCUAAGGUGUUGUGAACAUUCUAUCGAUCGAUGUUUAGUUUAAAUAUGUUAUGAUAACAAAUACUUAUAAUUACAAUGAAUGAUAAAUGAAGUAUUUCAUAUAAAUAAAAACAAAAACAUGAAAAAAACAAAAUAA